UAGUUUGACAAUUAUUACUUUUCCCAGCACUCCAUCCACAUUUUACAACGUUUGGAGUUGGAGGAGAAUCUCCCCCAUUCCUUCCAGGGAUAAGAAAUCAAUCCCUAGCAGCAGCUAAAUCAAUUGGUUUUUUUUUUCCUUAGCAAAACAAAGUAAAGCAAUCAUCAAUCACCAUCUAAAAGCAAAGCAGUAGCAGUGGGAGUGGGGGAGUGGGAGUGCGAUCAGAUCAAAGAAAUGAGGUUGUUGGGAUCACGAAGAAGGCGACCCUCAGUAGACGGAUUAUUGAUAAAAUGUGCAAUAUUUACUGGUGUUGGCCUAUUGAUCCUCACUCUCAGAUCCCUAGAUUUGUCCACCGAUGUAGAUUUACCCAUCAGCUCCACCCGAAAAGUCUCUGAACAAGAAGACGAUGAUUCAGAGGCCCACAACACUAACCCUAAUAGAGCUAAAGGAUGUGCAACGGUGGAGGAGAUGGGCGCUGCUUUUAGUGGCCGAUUUUGGGAGGAAAGUCUCAAGGUCCGAAGAAUUAUUCACCAUCACUUUGCUCUCAACGGUCCUUUGAGAAUUCGAGCCCUUCCUCCAGAGCAAUUUUGCAGCCAUGGUUUUGUGAUAGGGAAAGCAUCAGAAGCAGGUUUUGGGAAUGAAAUGUACAAGAUCUUAACUGCUGCAGCAUUGAGUAUGAUGCUGAAUCGGUCACUGAUAAUUGGGCAAACCAGGGGUAAGUAUCCUUUUGGGGAAUACAUUUCUUAUACCAACCUGUCCUUUACCUUGAAAGAAGUCAAACAUCUGUGGAGACAGAAUGGUUGUGUAAGAAAAUAUGGAAGGCAUCUAGUCAUGAGAAUUGAUGAUUUUCAGAAACCAGCACAAACGAGUGUUCUUUGUAGCAACUGGAGGGAAUGGGAUCAACCUAUCAUAUGGUUGCAGAAUACAACAGAUGCGGUGGCAGCUCAGUUUUUCUUGAAGAAUGUACAUUCUGAGAUGAGGAAUGCUGCUUCUGAUCUAUUUGGGCAGCCAAAGUAUCUUCAGCAUAGGGCUAAUGUAUUUGGGGAGCUUAUGAGAGUUCUCAUAUCUCCUUCAGAUGAUGUUAAAGAGGCAGUAGAGUGGGUUGUUGGCAGUGGAAUAGAUCCAGAAAUUACAUUGCACAUGCGGAUGCUUAUGAACAGGUCUGUGAGAGCAGUUCAGGCAGCAUUGAGCUGUAUCAGAAACGCCAUGAGCAAUCUACAACUGAAGUCCAGACCAAGGGUGGUUUUGAUUUCAGAUACUCCCUCUUUGAUAAAAACUCUUGCAAUAAACAUAGAUGCAUUCGCAGAGGUCCUUCAUUUUGAUUAUGAACUUUUUAAAGGAAAUAUAUCUGGGAAAGUGAAUAGAUUGCAUAAUUCAGAUUUUAGGGUAAAGGAUUGGGGUUCGGCACCCAGAUGGGUUGCAUUUGUUGACUUCUUUCUUGCGUCGCGUGCAAAACAUGCUGUUAUAUCUGGGGCUCAUAGACGUGUUGGAACGACUUAUGCUCAGUUGGUUGCAGCACUAGCUGCAGCACACAAACUUGUAGAGAAUUCUUCUGCUGGUUCAAGUUUUUCGUUCCUCAGCAGCUUUCAGAGUAAUUUGCUUUCAGAAGGUCUGGGGAAUCAGGUUGGGUGGGGACAUGUAUGGAACAGAUUCGCAGGUCCUCUGAGUUGUCACAACCAGUCUAAUCAAUGUGCCCUCACACCACUUCUCCCUCCUGCUUGGUGGGAUGGACUUUGGCAAUCCCCCACUCCGCGGGAUGUCCGCAGGAUGGACGCAUAUGGUAUCCGAUUAUCUGGUUUCGGCACAUUUGAUGAAAAUUAUCUCGAGUCCUUCUGUAAUUCAAAGAAAAAUGUUGUGCUAACUGUUCCACUAAUCUAGUAGUUCCAGGCUUUCGAGUUGGCAAUUUUUUCUGGGAGAACUGUUUGAGUAUUAUUUAUUUGGUACAGAUCGUGAUGUACAUUUAGAUACAGAAGUAUUACCCCAUUAUUUACGAGAUGAGAGAAUUCCCAUUGGCUGUCUUAA